AUGGCUUUCGCGACCAUUCAGCCUUUUCAAUAUGUGGCCAUUCGACUUCCAUCUGAAAACAUCAGGGUGGAACAAAUCGUCCCAAAUGGCCAAAUCAACCUUGGGAAAUAUGGAUCUUUUCAUACCAACCAAAUCAUCGGCCGCCCGUACAAUCUGACAUUCGAGAUCCUUGACCGUUCUGAGGCCCAAGAUGGCAAGGAGCUCAGGAUAGUGUCGGCUGCAGAACUGCAUGCAGUCGCUCUCGUUGAACAAGCAGAGACCGAGGAUGCUCCCACGCCACGCACCGAUCUGGACGACACCGGAGCACAGUCUACUCCGAAGUCUAACGUCAAUACCCAUGAUGACCCUACAAACCAGAAGCUCACAAUGGCUGAAAUUGAAGCACUAAAACAAGACGACUUAGGCAGUGGCAAGGGUCUUAUCGAAAAGAUCAUGCAGUCCCAUUCAACCCUCGACCAGAAGACCGCCUUCUCCCUCGCAAAGUACACCUUACGUAAACACAAAAAGUACCUGAAACGGUUUUGCAUCUUGCCUCUUGAUGUUCCGACUCUAGUGGACUGGAUGAUGGCAGAUCGUGAAUUUUCUAAAAUUAUGGAGAUGCGCAAUGAAGCAGUAGCUCUAGUCGGGUGUUGGGCCAACAUCCACGCCAGCGACCCUGUGAUCUCUCUUUCAGAGGCCAGCCAGUCCUCUCGCUAUCUCGUCGUGGAUGAUACUGGGGGUUUAAUAGUGGCAUCUAUGGCUGAAAGAAUGGGUAUUCUACACCAGCAGCAUCUGGAGGACGGCAUUGCCAAGAUUGAAGAAGAAGAUCCAGACGAACAAGCUGAACAGCCCGAGGUGGUACCACUACACAAAGAUAAACGGCAGCAGCAUCGACAGUCUGCCAUGAGUGCGGCAUCAAAUUCCAUCACCCUGGUGCAUACCAAUCAACAGCCCAACCUCAGCCUACUGCGGUAUUUCAAUUUCGACCCGAAUAAUCCUACUCCCUCACAUCCUCUAUACACUAACUUGAGAAGUCUUUCCUGGCUUCAACUGCUCGAACCCGAAUCCGACCUCACAUAUCAAGAACCAGAAGUCAUUGCACCUGAAGAACUCGCGAAUGCGAAGUCAAAUCGCAGAAGUGCAUACUAUCGCAAAAGACGCCGGUGGGAGCGCGUCAAGACAGUUGUCGACGAGACGAGAGCUGGCGACUUCAAUGGACUAAUUGUGGCAAGCUACACGGAUCCCGUCUCGAUAUUACAACACCUUGUUCCACUACUAGCGGGUGGGAGCCAAGUGGUUGUUUACUCCCCCAGCGUCGAACCACUGGUCAGAUUAGCAGACCUCUACUCCACCGCUAGGAGGACAGCCUUCAUCAACGCCCCAGCAGAGGAGAAACGAGUGCCCUCUGAAGAUUUCCCGGUUGAUCCAACACUCCUGCUGGGAGCAAGUGUCCAGACAGCCCGAGUGAGGCAGUGGCAAGUCCUGCCAGGUCGCACGCAUCCACUAAUGACAGGCAGAGGCGGUGCUGAAGGGUAUGUGUUCGUAGGGACCAGAGUAUUGCCCGCGCAAGGAAAGGUCGAGGCUAGAGGCAGAGCGACCCGGACUAAGAAGACAAAGGCUUUAACGGACCCUGAUGAUGAGCCGUCACAGUUAUCGUUCAAGAAACAGAAGAUUGCGACCGGAGAGGCAGUCUCUGCGCACACAGCUUCCACACUUCCGCCGUCGAAUGAAGACUUAGGUGUGGAACCGAUGAUAGUCGAACAGAAUGGCGAAUCAUGA